CUCCCCUUCAAUUGCUUUUAAAAGCAGGUCACUUGUUUCUCUGGCAGUGUUGAACAUCAACAAACGCACCACAGUUUACUUCUGCUCUGAUCCUCGUCUCUCAAAAUGCACAAAGCCAUCUGCGAGCCACUGGGAGCUUUUUCAGCUGUUAAAGAUGCCGACGAAGAUAUUCAGAAAAUCUGUGAUAAUGUGAAGUCUCAAGCUGAGCAGAAAACUGGGAAAACUUACAAAGUUUUCAUCUGCAUCAGUUACAGAUCACAGGUUGUGACCGGGAUCAACUACCUCAUCAAGGUGCACGUGGGAGGAGAUGACCACGUUCACAUUCGCGUCUUCCAAGGUCUGCCACACACCGGGAAGGGGCCAGAGCUGGUCAGCAUCAAGGAGUCCAAGACAUCUGUUGACAUAUUGGAUGAGUGACAGACAAUGAAAGAAGCCGCCCGC